CUUGGACUCUCACAGGCACACAUACUCGCACCCACUCACCCACACUUCCUCACCAACACUCACAUCCAUACCCACUUACUCACGCCCACUCACUUACGCUCACUACCAUCUGGUCUCUAUCGCUGGCGCUGGCCCAGACGUAUCGGCGCAGUAACACCGUCGGUCGCAUCUCGUUGCCCUCGGUCGCAGGGCAUUCCCCAAUCACCGUGCAAUUCCAAGCAGGCCACUUCGUGCAGCGAGGCUGAGUGGCAGUGACAGUGGCAGUGGCAGUGGCAGUGGCAGUGGGCACAAGUUACCCUGGUCGCCACGGUCGGAUAGCUGCAGCUCAAUCGUCGCACAGGAACAAAGAGCUUCUUGCAUGGCCAGAGAGCUCCUACAACGGGAGACAUCACCACUCGCACCGUGCUUGCGAACUGCAAUGAGGUGCGUUCGUCUGACACAGACACUGUGAUAUGCUGCUCCCCUUUUCCCCUCCCUUCAGAGCAGAGCUAGUAACUCUAGCCGCGGCAAGGGAACCCCCAUCCCCAUCGCCAUACCCAUUCCCCCAUCGCCAUCCAUAUCCAUACGCAUACACUCAUACGCAUACGCACACGACGAUGCAAUUGCGACCACAGUGACCAACAGGGAAUUGACUAUGAAUCGUAGGUGACGCGAGCCAUGAAUAUCACCGAUGAGAGAGUCCAGCGAGGCCCAUUCACAAGCGAUGCCAGCGCAGCACAUCGCGACCCUCGAACCAUCCCCAUCAUCCAAACCCCUCUGGUCCAGACCUCCGUGCAGUCGCCUGGGGAUCCAAUGGAGGUCACUCCCCCCUCGUCGGCCAUGAUGGCUCCUCCAGCUCGAACGAGUCCCGAAAAUGACACCAACGGAGUGCAGGAGCAACAACAUCAACACAUGGGCAUGAACGAUCAACCAAGCUCGGGCAGUCUGGCAGGGCCAAAUGCGGCGGCGGCGGCAGCAGCAGGAGCUCAACAGCCCAAAGUGGUGCAGACGGCCUUCAUUCACAAGCUCUACAAGUAGGUUCUGCUCGGACAGGUUCUCUGGGCUCUGGCAUUGACCAAUUCGUAGCAUGUUAGAAGAUCAGAACAUCCAGCAUCUGAUAUCCUGGUCCAAUUCGGCCGAGAGUUUCGUCAUGUCGCCAUCCAAUGAUUUUUCCAAGGUUCUAUCGUAAGUCAGGACUGGUCCUCGACUUUUUCGAGUCUCACUCAUGUAUCACAGGCAAUACUUCAAGCACACGAACAUUUCUUCGUUUGUGCGACAAUUGAACAUGUACGGAUUUCACAAAGGUAUAUUGAUAUGAAACUAGCAGUUCAUGCAACCCAAGCAUCUAACUCUUCUUCAGUCAGCGAUGUUUUCCAUACUGGCUCUCCCGAGUCCCCUCUAUGGGAAUUCAAACACGGGAACGGGAAUUUCAAGAGAGGAGACUUGGUUGGAUUGCGUGAAAUCAAACGUCGAGCUUCAAGGCACGCUCUGGUCCAUCGCGACUCCUAUUCCGCACCCAAGCCCCCGCUUCCUCCGCCAGGAAAUCCCGCAGAACCAAUACAUCCAAUGCAGGAUUCGACCGAAUCAAGACUGACAAACCUCGAACAUACACUCUACGACAUGCACUCACGCCUCCAGAGAAGCGAGGAUAACUCUCAGUUUCUACAUGUCAGAAACCAGAUCGUGAUGGACGCACUGUCCCGUUCGCUUCAGGCAAGCCACCAAUCACCCAUUACCCCUUGUGUCAAGCCACUAACGAUUUCUAGUUGAACCAUGAUAUGUCUCGUGCUGUUCUGUCACUUGUCCCCAACCCGGAUACACCACUCCACAGAGAUGGUAGCCAUGUCCAGUCCCCUUUGGAGUUCUUCGCUAAUCUCUCGCAGUGAUAAAUAUGCAGGCUGAGAUUCAGCGGCAAGCUGAGAUCAUUAGGUCGGUGGAGGACCCUCCUGAGCCACCAUUCUCCGGAAGUCGUCCAUACUUUUCGAAUCUUUCACUUGACAAUGCGCCUGUCUCUCCGCGGCAAAUGCCUCAAGACGACCCUCGUCGAGGGCCUCCCACUCUGGGCGUUCCUCCACGCCAAAACUUUUAUAAGCCUCCAUUCUCUUCGCAACUGGCCAUCAACCCUCCGAGACGGUAUGGUUCGAUGUCGUCAAGUACGGCACAAUCCUCUCCAAGUUCGCUUCGGCCUCAAGCUCCACCUCCCCCACCUCCACAGCACCAUCUUGCGGUGGCUACAUCGCCUUCUGGAAACUUAGCCCGUCGCCACACAUCAGCUGACAUUCGCAAUGUGCCCGGCUGGCAAGCCAAUACUUCUCCAUUCGCCUCAGGUCAAUCUUCCUCUCAAUGGCCGUCCUCACCAAAAAGGACUGCAACUGUGAUGAAUGAGGACCAACGUAUUCGAGAUAGCUUCAGUUCAUAUUCUCUGACCAAUGCUUCCUCCUCGCAUAGUCGGGCUGAUAUAUCCCGGCCGACAACGCCUCCCUUUUCUAAUGGAAGCACUUCCGAGUACCUGAAUUCUUGGUCAUGGGGAGCAUCUCGAGACAAAACGCCAACAGGGCUAUUGAAGGAUAGUUCCGGUCCCCCCACUCGCAGAGGUAGCAUGGCCCAUAUACUCAACCCUGCGGAAACAGCAGAGCGCGACGAAGAGCACGAGGAGGGUAUGAGAGAAGAAGACAGAAAGAGAAAACGAUUACAGUAA